GGAGGAAUAGUGCCCCAUCAUUGGUAUCAGUGGGAGGAAUAGUGCCCAAUCAUUGGUGUCAGUGGGAGGAAUAGUGCCCCAUCAUUGGUAUCAGUGGGAGGAAUAUGGGAGGAAUAGUGCCCCAUCAUUGGUAUCAGUGAUGGAGCACUAUUCCUCCCACUGACACCAAUGACACUUGCUGACCCUGUUCUAGUAUGGUGCUGCUGCAGCCAGCAUAUGUGGUUGCAGCAGCACCUCUACACGGCACACUUACCUGCUGCUCCUGCACUCGAUUUUCAUGGGGCUGCUCGGCUCCGCCCCCUCGCCGGUGAUUGGCCGCCUGUGUGCCUUUCCUGAGCUACAGUUCUGGCGGCCAAUCACCGGUGAGGAGGCGGAGCCGAGCAGCCGCGCGAACAUCCAGUGGCCG